AUGACAGCAACAUCUGUGGAGUAUCCUACUGGCGCUGAGAAGGCGGUGAUCGCUGCUGCCGAAGAGCUCAUGGAGAAAACCAUGAAAAAAUACGAUCCUAGCCACGAUGCCUACCACGUAAACCGUGUUCGACGGACAGCACUUGCUCUUGCAAAGUCUCAAACGCCCCAACCGGACUUGUUAGUCGUUGAAUUGGCUGCUCUUCUGCACGAUGUUCUGGACAAGAAAUACGUAACUCCCGAAGAAGCUGCUGAUGCAAAUGCUUAUUUUCGGCCCUUUUUUGAGAGCGUCAAGGGCAAUGUUGAUUUAUUGGGAGAUGGUCGGGCGGAGCUUAUCGUACGUAUUGUAGAAAACGUCUCUUGGUCGACCGAAAAGAAACUCCGAGCCGAAAAUAAAUUGGAGCCCUGGCACGACUCGUGCGUUGAGCUCCAUUGCGUCCAAGAUGCGGACCGACUCGACGCUAUUGGAGCGUUUGGCAUCAUGCGCGUUGCUGCUUAUAGCGCGGCUGUCAACAGGCCUCUUCAUGCUCCCCUCGAUGAUUCGCAGAUUUCUGAGACCUCAAUUCAGCACUUUCAUGACAAGCUUUUACACAUCAAAGACCGAUUGAAGACUCCUCAGGGACGAGAGUUGGGUGCUCAGAGACAUCAGUUGAUGCUUCAGUUCUUGGAUGCUGUUGACAAGGAAUACGAAGUCGUUAUCCCAAAUAACGUAUAA